AUGAAAAAGCAACACACAUAUUAUCCAACCUCAUCAACAUCUUCUAAGCUAGGAGUUGGCAAAGAUUCACAAGUGAUAUCAAAAGCGAAGCCGAAAAUCCGAAUAAUUCAUAUAUAUGCUCCAGAAAUCAUAAAAACUGAUGUUGCAAAUUUCAGAGAGCUUGUUCAAAGACUCACAGGAAAGCCAGAAGAACAUGAAAAGGGAGGUGCAAGAAGCAAAUCCAAAACUGCACUACCUAUUGUGCAAGAAGAUGAAAAGGAUUUUCUUAGUCUGCAAAAUGGGAUGAUAAGUGUGAAGAAUGAAACUGAAGAGGAUGAAAUAUGGAGAAGAUCAAAGUCAAAUGAAAAAUUCAAUGGUUUCUUAGAUGGUUUUUCAGAAUAUGAUGGUUUUAUGGAAGAGUUAAGUACUACUAUGCCUCUACUUAAUUAA